GGUGCCUUCAGCCUCCCGCUCGCGCCCCGUGCGCUGCCCUGUCCUGACUGAGCGGUUAUCGCCAUGAGACUGAUGGGGAAACUGAGGCUCCGAGAGUGGAAGGGCUCGUCCUGGGUCACACCGUGAGGCACUGGGGGAGUCAGGAAUAGAACCCACGAGACCCGGCUCCUGUCCCCUUCCUCUCCCCGCCCCCGUAUGUGCAGAGAGCACAUGGAAACUUCCCAGGAUGCAUCUGCGGGGCAGACAGAAUGACCCCUGAGAACCAGUCAAAGGACAAGAAGCAUUUGAGGGUACAUGAGCAUCAGCGAGAGGAAGAUGCAAAAUCAACUGGGAAGAGGAAACGUGACCAUGGAGAACUGGAGAAUGAGCCGCAAGCAAAAAGAUUGUUUCUGAGAAAAGCAGCCAAGCCCUCAGGGAAAAUUGGCUGGGCUGAAGGCGGUUCCAUGUUCGGAAACACAGGGGUGCUCUUCCAUCAGGCGGAGAGGCAGUGCAGCAUCAUCCACUACAUCUACCAGAACAUGCUCGGUGGCUCCAUGCGAGCACAGCUCAGGCAGUGUCUCCAGCUUCCCUUUGUGCGUUCUCUUACUUCAUACCGCCUCUUCCGAACAGCGAGUCCCUUUGACAGGAGAGUGACAUGUCUGGAAUGGCAUCCAACUCACCCCAGCACUGUGGCUGUGGGGUCCAAAGGCGGAGACAUCAUCCUGUGGGACUAUGAAGUACUGAAUAAAACCUGUUUCAUAAAAGGGAAAGGGCCAGGAGACUCCCUUGGAGGCAUGAAGUUCAGCCCAUUUGAGGCAGUGAAGCUUUAUGUGGCAUCAGGGGAUGGCACCCUUAGUCUGCAGCAUCUGGAAGGCAAAGCGGCGCAGGUGAUCUCUCGCACCCCAGGCUGUGGCCAUGAGUACCAUGAUGUUUGUUUCUGGUACUGCAGUGUUGAUGUGUCUGCAAGCCGCCGGACCGUGGUGACAGGUGAUAACGUGGGUAAUGUGGUCCUGCUCAGCACUAGUGGUGAAGAGAUUUGGAAGCUGAAAUUACAUAAGAAGAAAGUGACUCAUGUGGAGUUUAACUCGCGCUGUGAUUGGCUCCUGGCUACAGCUUCUGUGGACCAGACAGUCAAAAUCUGGGACCUGAGAAACAUCAAAGACAAGUCAAGUUUCCUUCAUGUGCUGCCUCAUGACAAACCUGUCAAUGCUGCUUAUUUCAGCCCAACGGAUGGUGCUAAACUCCUGACCACAGACCAGCAUAGUGAGAUCCGAGUCUAUUCCUCUUCAGAUUGGACCAAACCACAGCAUCUGAUCCCACAUCCGCAUCGGCAGUUCCAGCACCUCACACCUAUCAAGGCGACAUGGCACCCUCGUUAUGACCUCAUUGUGGCUGGUCGCUACCCAGACCCUAAGUUCCCAGGAUACACAGUGGAUGAACUGCGAACUGUUGAUAUAUUUGAUGGAAACACUGGGAAGAUGGUGUGCCAGCUCCACGACCCGAAUGCAUCUGGCAUUAUCUCGCUCAAUAAGUUUAACCCUAUGGGAGAUACACUGGCUUCUGGUAUGGGCUUUAACAUCCUGAUCUGGAGCUGGGAAGAGAUGGUGACCAAGAAACAGGAGCAUCUCUUGAAAGCUAUGACAGAGCAGGGAAUGGGAAGCAGGAGCUUGUCCAGGCAUGGGCUGCAGAAGCAGUCAAACCCAAGGGCAAGCAAACUCAAAACGAAGCUGCUUGCUCUGGAACUGGAGGGGACUAAAACAAAGGGCAAAGAUCCUAAAUCACAGGGCAGGAAGCGGAAGGAUCUGGAGGAUUGAGCAGAUACCUCCAGACUGUCUAGAUCAUGCUAGACAAAGCCAGCUCUGGCACAGUGGGCAACAUCUACCCUGAGGGGAACCCAGCCUUCUGCUUUGUCCUUCCUUGCUGGGUAGGAAGUUGCUGCUUGUACUCUCUGCUUUCCCCUCUAGAGGGUAGUGUCAUUGCUCAGCUCCUCCUCCUGUGUGGGUGACACAUUUUAUCAAGCACUAUGGGAGCCUGAAUGUCAGCAUGGCCUGUGCUGGCAUCCAUUUGAUGGAACCACAAAAAGCAGCAUUAUGCUUGUGUGUGAUUCUUGUUCUUUGACCUCAUAUUCCUGACACAGAUAAUUAAUGUGGGAGCAGCUAGGGCUGAGCUGGGCCUCUGCUGAUGCUGUAGUUUAUAUCUUCAGAGCGUUAGUCUCUCUCAUGCAGUGCACUAGCCAGCCAUGUUUUCAGUCUUGUACCCCAAAAUGUGGGGAUAGGUGUUCCCAAAGUGGAACCUGAGGUCUUCCCCACCCCCCUUCUCAUAUAGCUAUAUCUCAGGGCUGCUGUUAACCUACAAGUUUUUAUGUUUGAAAGUUAGCUUGUUUACAAUGCUGCCUGGGGCAUAGGUGGAGUAUCUGCCCUCCCCAAGGCUUCUGGCUCGGGCUAGGGCUCAGGCCCCACGGGAAGGCUUUGUUAAUUUCAUGGUGUUUAUAAUAUUCAA